CAAUUUAAUUUUAUAACUUAAUUUAUACAGAAUAUUGCAUGAAAAUGUAAAUUUAAAAAGACAUACAUAAGAAUACAUAUGUUUUACAACACCCACGGGCAGAAAUUAAGAAAAAAAAGUGCCUAUUCUAAGCUACGCUCCAAAAACCCGCCUUUUCCCAGAGAACGCGUCAUAUGACGUAACGACAGGCAAACAUAGGCGCUGCAGCCUUGGUUCUCAGUGUGGGUUUACGUAGUCUGAGAGGUGGAAACAGAAAAUAGAGAUUGUCGUUCUCGUUAUUAUAGUUAUAGUAGGUUUGAGUUGUCACAAUGGUGAAUUCUUGUGUUUGUUUUGGAUGCAACAACUCCAACUUGUCUGGCCAUCGGGUCCACCGAUUUCCAAACAAGAAACACAAAGAUUUCCAUGCUUGGAUACGUUUCGUCCAGGCAAAGAGAAGCAAUUUCGCUGCCUCCUCGUUGACAAGACACACGGUGGUAUGUGAAAAACACUUCACACCGGACAGCUACAACCAAGGAGAUCUUAUGGAAUUUCGCAUGGGAUUUCGACGAAAAGAGUGGGUUAGGCUGGCAAAUGGAGCUGUGCCAUCGGUGCAUGCAGGUCCACCUGCAAAAUCUGGCGGGAGUGAAGAGUCUAACGUUAAUGUUAGCACUAGGAGAGAAUCUGCGCGUCGAAAAAGGGAGCUUUGCACAGCCUGCGGAACUUGUGGUAAUGAGCGUUACUGGCAAAACCAAGAGAAGGUGCAUCGAAACAUGCCUGCCUGCAACCUUUUACUCAGCGGUGCCAUCCACUUCUCAGGUUGCAUGGCUUCUCAGACAAUCAGGAUGCUGAAGCUGUUUGGACUGCAGUGCAUAAGUCCUGGCACUUUUUUCUGCCAUCAGCGCUAUUACUCUAUCCCUACCAUCAUGCAGGCCUGGAGGAAUGAGCAGAGGGGGAUCAUCAGGGAGUUGAAGGAGACUGGGGGUGGAUUGAUCCUGUCUGGUGACUGCAGAUCAGAUUCUCCUGGACACUGUGCCAAAUACGGUAGCUACUCCUUGAUUGAGGAUCGAAUUAACAAAGUUUUGGAUGUUCAGCUUGUCCAAAGCUCAGAAGUCCCAAGCAGCUCUUGGUGUGAGCUAGAGGGUCUAAAGCGGAGUAUGCAGUUCUUGAUGGACCAAGACAUGCAAGUGGCAGGUGGCCAAGUGGGUACGUGAGAAAAUGUGUUCAGAAGGAACAAGGCAUUUCUUUGACGUCUGGCAUAUUGGGAAAAGUGUACAGAAAGCACUGGAUGCUGCUGCAAAAGAGAGGGACUGUGAGGAUCUGAAGCUGUGGAGGCCAGCCAUCAUCAACCAUCUCUACUGGACCGCAGCUUCCACCCCUACAGGAGAUCCAGAUGAGAUGCAGGCAAAAUGUACAGGACAUACAUGAACACAGCACUCCUGCAUUUGCCAGCUGCGCACAUCCACCGUUGGAAGGAGAGGCAAGAAACAAGGAGUGGCUGGAACCAGGAUCACCAGCACCCACUAAACUGGAGAGUGUAGCUGCCAGGAAAGCACUGGUAAAGGAUAUUCGACAAUUGUCACCUCAGCAUCAGACAUUCUCCCUGGAGGCCUACCAUUCCCUCAUUCUGCACUUUGCUUCCAAACAUACUGGCUUUUCUUGGGAUGUACAGCAGACUUCUCUUGGCAGCCCUACAUUUCAAUAGUAAUGGCAACAGAGAUGUAGCGCGAACUAGUGAGGGUGAGGGACGCUACGCUGUUCGCUACCCACGGUUUCGGAAAGGUGGCUGGGUAGUCCACCCCAUCAAGGAGAAACCAUCUUACGUAUACGCAACAAAUCUUAUGGUCUCUCUGGUAGAGGAAUACUGCAAGACACCGCAGGCCCUCUGCUGCACCGCCCCCUCACCUCUUCACGUUUUAACAUGUAAUAAAAUAUCAAUUUUACCAGUAGUUUGUUUCACUAUGGAUUUAUUAAUCGUCUUCCAAGCGGGGCCACUGAAAACCUUUGUAUGUCUGUCCCUCCUCUGCAAACUGCAACCUUAUUGCUGACACAACACAUGAAGUUAUGGCUUUCCUAAUGUUCCUGCCUAGUAUUCCGUAUGCCCAGCGGACAACCUGCCUGUAUGCUGUGUAUCGGAACUGCCUGUGGUGGAGAUUGGGACAUAUAUACAUUUUGAUCAUACCAUGUUUUCAUAGUAAACAAUUCCAAUGGUAAAUAUUGCAUGUCCUGUUGGCUGAUAUUCUACUGUACUACACAACCCCAAAGUUGUUUUUAUAGUAAGUAUAUGGAAACCACUCAGUUUAACAACCUGCUUAACAGGAUUUACUAUUUUGGUGUAGAAAAGCUAUUUUGAAUUGCAGUAAAAUAAUUUUUGCUCAAAACCUACUCUGGUCUGCUGGCUUGAAGAGGGCCAUGCUCCUGUCUGAAGUUCAUGUAUGCUAUCUGCAGCACAAAAGGAUUCAGACAGGAUGCUUCAAACCCUGGAUGGAGUGUGAGGCAGGUAAUGACUUCUGGGGGAUCAAGGUUUUGGACAAAGGACCAAUAGGCGUCGACCUCCCUACAGCACACACUCUCCACUGCAGAUGGCAUAGCCUCACAUCUACCACACAAACACCUGUUAAACAAAUGUGCUAAGAUAAACUCACUCUCCUUCCCUCCUUGUAGCUUUAGUGGUUGGUGUAAGACCUUGUAAGAAAUGACAUAUAGACUACUUACUUCCUAAAACUUGGGUAAAUAUGAACUGUAAAAAGACACACCCCCCGUACAGUAUAGGCUGUCAAUUAGAUGCAUUUAUCUGCAUGCCUUACAACCAGUAUCCCUCCACGUGACAAUAAAAGAUCCUUGUUACAAUGACUGUAUUUAUAUGAACAGCAUAUUCCCGUCCUAGCCGGAAGACUAACUGCUUUCAUACAGGUACUCCACAGUACAUGUGAGCUCAUUUACAUUAUGUCCGUCGGAAAUACUAAGAGGUGAGUAGUAUAACAGCCGACUAAGUUCGGAAUUCCAGCUGUCCGGUUAUGUUGUUCAGAUAUACGGCCCAAACGCUUGACAUCUGCAGAAACAGAACAUGCGGACAUCUAGAUCUAAAAGCAGUUACUGAUUAAACAUCGGCUAGCAAUUUCUACAAAAUGUCACGAUAAACUAUGUUGUGUGGAAAUGCACAGAAUUUCUAUCCCUAUCCAGACUAGCUGACCGCCUACAUCCUACAACAUUCAUUUAAAAUCUGGGAUCUAAAUUAAUUAUUUUAAGACACAUGUUGCUGGCAUAGAUGGUGACAAUCUACAUGGGUGCUUGAAAAACAACAAAGUCGACAGCAAUAUUGCUAAAUAUGAUUUAUUAAAGAUACUGCAAUGUGAUAAACAUGGAGACAACUUUAGCCACAAUUAGCUAUCGCCUGUGGUCACUCACCAAGACACCUGCCCAAUUCUCAACUGAUUCUCCUCACACCACAACUCUAUCUCUCUCCUCUGUCCAUUUACCCUUCCCCUUAACUCUCCCUGACCACUCUCUCGCCUAGGCGGCUCGAAAUUAUACGGCAAUGGCCCAUCGUAAGAGUUGACAUUUAUGCCAACUGCAACCUCUUUCACUGUCUGACUCCAUUACGAAGAGACGAUGUUUACCGGCCGUUGCGUCACUUCCGAUCAGAGCGUUUUUCACAACGGAAGUAAUUUUAAUCACAAUUUCUUUUUAAAAACUGUUUUAAUGCCAAUUUAUGAUUAAUUUCUUCAUGCAAGUCCGGUUCCUACACUAUUUAUCUACACGUUCAUUCACAAUGAUCUUCAACUUGAAAGAUGGGC